CUUUCUUGGUAGUAGUUGAGAGGAAGGAGGGUAGGCGCAGGACAGAGAGGAGAGGGAAAACAGAAAAAGAAUUGUGUGCCACUAUGUCUGAAUAUAUCUUCUACUUGUAGAUAAUUACAUCCAAGUUGCCCUUUUGCCUUUUUAUUUCCGUUUUUGGACAUCUCUUUUUAUCAUCCAGCCAACUGGGAUAGACAAAGCACCGCUGGUGCCCUGAGCGACAGAACUCUGGUAGGGGGCUGGCUGUAAAUUGACGUGGCAUGGAAAUUCUCCGCUAAGUUGUAGCAGCUUGCAUGUUUCUCUAAGAUCAAGCCCAGCCUCCUGGAGCUGUAGCUUAAUCAUGGGUUCAAUGACUUUACAGAAAAAUGGAUAGAAAAAUUCUUCAACUCCUUUCUUUGGACCCAGAUGGUUUUUUUUGGUUUUUUGUUUUUUUUUUUUUUUUUUUUUUUGGUUAUCUAUAGUUUAGCUGAAAACAAAAUCAAAGCAGUUAAGUCUGUAACUUUCUUUUUGCAGCUUAAACAACAGAAUUUGCUGCUCUCCCUCCCCUUUCCUGCAAUUUAAUUCCUUACAGAUUUUGCCAUGGGGUGCGGACUUAGAAAGCUAGAAGACCCUGAUGAUAGCAGCCCUGGAAAAAUAUUUUCUACCCUGAAGAGACCGCAAGUGGAAACAAAGACAGAAUUUGCUUACGAAUAUGUAUUGCUGGAUUUUACUCUACAAGCUUCAUCAAACCCAGAAGUCAUCAAGAUAAAUUCAAUUCUGGAUAUAGUAACAAAAGUGGAAAACUAUUAUCUCAAAGGAUAUAUUGUCGGGGCUAUUCAUCCUGUUAUACAACCUGUGGGGCAGCGAAAACACCUACCUGCAAGUUACCUAUACAGAGUGGUGCUAUCGCGCUUGAAAUUAAGCCCAAAGAAUUCGGCAGCACCCAGUGGACAAAGACGCCCAAGGCUUGUGAUUGAGGAAUGUCCCCUAACUUCUGAGGCACAAACAAAUGACGCAGCAAAAGAACUGAUAGAAAAGAUUAAUGUCGCUGCUAAAAGAGGAAUGAAAUUUGUUGGAUUCAUAUCACAGCAUUAUUCUCCAUCUAAAUUCUGCAAUGGAACCAACCAUGAUGGAGAUAUAGAAUCGAUGCUACAUGUGAGACACGGUUCAGAUGAAAACUGUAGAAGUUGGAAUGAAGGGACGUUAAGUGGGCAAUCAUCUGAAAGCGGAAUUGAGGAAGAACUUCAUCAUGAAAGUGGACAGUAUCAAAUGGAACAAAAUGGCAGCCCUACUUCCUCUAAAUCAAGAAAGGGAGAAGCCUCAGAUAACAAAUUGUAUACAGUCUUCAAUGCUUUUGAUGAUGAUUCAACCUCCUGGGCCUAUCAGGAAGGCAUCCUGUCAAUGAAAGUAACAAGAAAAGGAUCAGUCAUUAGUACACUUGAUGCUGAUUGGCUGGAGUUAACUACCUUUUAUUAUAAACAAGGCUUGUCUUUAAUUGAUUCUUUUGUAUUCUGGGAAACAUCUAAAGGGGAACAUUUGCCUAAAUCUUUGGAAGGAUUUUUUAUCUAUGAAGAAGAAGGUUCUGGAGUUCCAGGUUCUAGUAGGAAAGGAAAUGAUGCCAUCGUAGUAGAACAAUGGACUGUUAUUGAGGGAUGUGAAAUCAAAACAGAUUAUGGCCCUCUGCUGCACACUCUGGCUGAAUUCGGAUGGCUUCUGACAAGUGUGUUGCCCACACCUGUAUUGAGACAUGACAGUGAAGGGAAUUUGGCUACAAAGCAGAUCGUAUUCCUUCAGAGGCCAGUUAUGUGGAAUUCAGCUGCUCAAACACCAGAUAAGAAAGCCAGCCGCCACAUAAAAGGUGAAGACAAGAAUAAAGCCACUAGUAGAAGCAUCGGAUUAGACACAACCUCGUCACAACCUGCAGAGAGCAGACACCCGCCUGAGGAGUGCCGCCUUUCUCCCUCCCGGGAAUGCUGGACAAAGGAGGGAAGGCUGGCACAGCACAACAGCUUCUCUGGGUUCAGCAGCAGUGACAGCGUCCUCCGGGAAUUAGACGACGGACAGUUUGAUCAGGAAGAUGGAGUGACUCAGGUCACUUGUAUGUGAGCCGUGAGGUGAAGCAAAGGAAGGCCCUGUAAAUAAUUGUUAAAAUCAUUGCCAACUGACCUUAUUGUAUUGCUUUCUCUGCAUUUAUGUAAUAUUUUUGAAUUUUUCCAGACCCAGCCUUUCCUUUAAUCUAUGUGAACUUUGGCACAACCUCCCAGACAAGGAAGAAUAACCAACAUAUUUAUACAUUUAGAAUCAUGUUUACACUUCUCUCAACUAAAACAUCUGGUUAAACAGAUGUUCCAUUCAGUUAUUACACAAUAAUCUAUUUCAGCUUCUCAUGAAUGUACAAAGUAGACUUUGUUACAAUUCCUGGUAAGGAGACUGAAUAUCUCAAUCAGUAUUUUACCUAAUUAGAGAGAGUUCUCAGGAAGUUACAGUCUUAUUUAAGCUGAAAAAUAACCUCUCUCUCUCUUUUUUUCUCUCUCUCUCAUACACACACACAGCUAAUUAGUGCAAAUAAAUAUCUAUUUCCCAAAUAUAAUAAUUAAUCCACAUUUUGUCUUUAACUAUAGCAUGUAUAUACAAAGCAAGCCCCUAUGUAUUAAAAUAUUUUUUGAAAAAAAUCUUUUUUAUAUAUCUUUGCUUUUAAAGGGUCAUGUCACCAACCCUGUACUGAUUCAUUGCACAUAAAUGUUGUUGCUCCUAAAAGCCUAAAAAUGCAGACAGCAAAGCAGCAUCUCUUAAAAUUCAAUAUGAAAAGAACCCAUAAUCUCAAUACAUAAAUACCUUAGUAGAGAGUAAGAUUUAUUUUUUUUUUAUUUUAAAGUCCAAAUACUAUGAAGAGGAAAAACAUCAACUUCAAUUUGAAACUGAAGUCUUUUACAUCUGUCUAGAUUUGAAUUCUGCUUUUAUUUUGACUUGUUAAAUCCUGAAGAAUGUUGAAACCUAGAAUUUUCAAUCUGGCAGGAGUAGAAAGAUGCUCAUAGCACACGCGAUAUGUAUGAUAACCUAUUUUGUUUCAUCUUGCUUUUCUUUCCCCCCUUCUAAUAGAGGUGGCUUUGCCUUGACCCAGCCUUUAACGAUCUUUAAAAUUCUACAAAAUAGAGGAUUUUCAUUUAUCUAUGAAAGGCUUACUUUGAAAGAUGGAACCUCCAAGUGAAUUACAACUUACUCUAUCAUUGAUGAAUUCAGCCUGUUAUAUAUUUUUAUUAACAUUGAUGUUGACACUGUAAGAUCAUUUUAAUAAUAAAACAUCAUUUUUAUUG